AUGGGACAUGAGGAGCAUGGAGGGACUUGGCACAUGGACGCAGCUCAACUGGAUACGCAAAGGAAGAAGGGAGAAGCCAUCUUGAAGACCAGCUCGACCGUCUACUCGACCAACCGGUCGAAACUCGACCGGCCAAGCUUCAACUCGAUCGAGCUGAGAACUGAAGAUCGAGUCCAGGAGAAUGCGGAUUUGGGUGAGCCUGAGUGCUACGAUUUUGAGGAGUAUGAGGCUCCAAGGAUGAACCCCUCUGUUGUGGCAGCCCACAAGAGAAUUGGACUUCUCCAAAGGUUCAACAAGUGGCAAGGGAAAGCCAUGGAAAAGAUGCAAAAGUCCAUGGACAAGAUGGUGAGCAAGAUCAAGAGUUUGGAGAAGAAAGUCUCUGGUUCUUCAAGCAAGAAGAAGAAGUCCAAGACUCCCACCAAGGAGGAAGGAGAAGACAACUCGCAGAGGAGGAGGAAGAGUUCCAAAACUCGACGCUCCAACUCGAUCAGCGAGCUCGACCGAGCUGAGGGUCGAGUUGACCUGGAGGAGCCCCUGUUUGAGAACCUUGGGUUCGAGUACGAUUCAACGCAGUACCAGGACUUCUCUCAGACUCUCUGGACUCCCUACAACUGCUUCGAGCAAGCGCAGCUCCUCCAAGGCCAAGGUAGCCACACACAUUUCAACGAUGAAGAAGAGGAAGAAGAGGAGCCUCAAGCUCGAUCGAGUGAGCCGAACCCAGUCGAGUGGAGUGUUCCUGAUGGCCGUCUACCAUCUCCAGACCACGACCUAGUCUCCCAGUUCUUUGGGGGCACUGAGGUCUUUUGGAGCAUUCUGGAGCAUAUGGGACAUGAGGAGCAUGGAGGGACUUGGCACAUGGACGCAGCUCAACUGGAUACGCAAAGGAAGAAGGGAGAAGCCAUCUUGAAGACCAGCUCGACCGUCUACUCGACCAACCGGUCGAGUUCCUCAACUCGACCGGCCAAGCUUCAACUCGAUCGAGCUGAGAAGUCAACAGUCAAACCCGAAAAAUGUUGCUUCCCCCUUGACUUUCCUUUGACCCUAAACCUAAAAUCCUCUUGUAUUUAA